GCCCACAGCCUAUUCAGAAGAAACACUCAAGUGACAUUGUAGUUUAGUUGACUCCACGUUGAGGCUCAAACACACCCGGCAGCAUCUGUUACUCUCGGCGGCUUUCUCUCUCUCUCUUUCUCUCUCUUUUUUUUCGGCUGACGGGAAAAUAAACUUGUUUUUCAACUCUGAGUACAUCGUUUGUGAGCUCAACAUGACGUUCAGGAGGCUGAAGAAGGUGAACUCAAGCGGACCAGACACCUCUGGACCCGCAUCUCAAGACGACAUUUAUUUCCCCUCUUCAAAAUCGGACAGCUGCAGGACCAAAGACUUACCAACACACUCCUCAGAGGUUUACAACUACAAGACUCUGGCUUACUCUGGAGGGACCCUACCCAGAAACUUUAAGAAGGUAAAAAAAAUCAUUUCAGACUUUUUAAAACUACCUUUCGUUCACCUGGAUCACCUGUAUCACUACUUUGUGUCAUUAAACGCACCACCAAAGUAAACCUGGACACAAAGUCCUCAUUGAUUCUGACAGACCUCUAGACUUACUGGUUCUUUUUAAUCUAGUUUAUGCUGGUGUGCAGGUGCAAAAAAGGCACUUUUCGUCGUUUUUAAGCAUAAAUCAUGACAUGCUUUAUUUCAAAGUUUAAGAUAAGAUGGAGGAAAUUCCAAAAUUACAGCAGCAUAGAUACAAAAAAGACAAAAGUUGAAAAAUAAAGAAACUUUGACUUAAAACAAGAUAUGUGAAUGCAUCAUAUUUACAUCUGUACAGAAUUUACAUAAUAAUAAAAGGGUUUAUGGUGCUUUGUCCAACUUUUUGGAAUGAACUAAUUGAAGUAAAGUGAGUCAGACCAAGUCCUAAAUUGUCAUAUUUGUUGUUUCUUCUCAUGUAAAGGCAGAAAAGUUCAGUGGCUCAUGUGAAGUGCCACUUCUGGAUGUUAUUCUUAAGGUUUUCACCUCUUUGUGUUGAAUUUUUGAUGUCCUACAGGAGUAAGGCAUUAGUUGUGAAAUGGUUUUACAACACAAGAACCUCAGCUUGAAAUAUUCAUGAGAGAUAUUUAAACUCGUGAGGAUUUUCUCAGUCUGAGGGCAGAACAUUCAUCAUGGGAUCACACACACAGACAGAGCCAGAGAAGAGGUUUCGUCGGUAUUUUCUGGUGAAUGAAUUUCGUGGCUAAUUUUCCCAUCAGAAGGAGAAUUUAAUGUUUAAUCAUAGCUAGACGGUGGAUGAACUUUGCGUAACCCGUGUGUCUGAAAGUGAAACAUUAAAUCCCUGAUGAUGAGUGCAGUCUGCUCAGACGUGUAGUCUUGUGAGUCUGGAGAUGCUGCUCACAGUGUAUCUCAGAGGGCAUCUCAGUGGGAGCAACAGUAGUCCAUCUGAGGGCAAGUAAGGACCACCCAAACUCUGAAUGAGGUCUUUAUUGCUGUGUCAGGAACACAGGGGUCCCGCACAGUCAGUCCUACUAAAUAAGCGACAAGUGGUUGAAGUAAAAGAUCUGUGUAACCUGCUUUACAUAAGAGGAACACUUAAAUCUGAGACAUUUUUGUGGCCAAGAAAUGAAAAAACAGUUCCCGACUAAUCGAUUAAUGGAUAUUUUUUGCUUUAUUUCAAAACAAGAGCACCCUGACUGAAGAUAACCUCAUCUGUAAUAAUCAAAUCAAACAUUUUUAACCUGAUAACAGCUUGUUUUUCCCUGAUAAGUUGACUUGUAAUUGGAGAGCAGGAGUCUAGACUGACCCCCCUCUGUGCUCCACGGUUCAGGAUCACAGCAGUAGGUUACAGUAAACCAGGCUGCUGUGUGUCUUAUCAGGCUUAGCUGAUUCUCACUUGACUUUAUGGGAGAAGUGGACGUCCCAGCUGAAAGUAGUUUGUACUGUAAACAGACGCACAUUAUCGUCAAGCCUACAUACAUAUACAUAAGUGUCCAGCGGCUGCAGUGAAGGGCUACAACAGUGCAUUGUGCGCACACAGGCUCAGGGAUCCUGCUCCAGACGCCCCCGUCUGUCGGUCUCUGUGGGACUUGGGGAAUAAAUGCAGUCAUUGAGACUUUGACGGGACAAUUCUGUAAGUGUUGGGACAUAAAGAAAGCAACAUUUUACUACCAGAGAGAGCGUGGCACAAAGCGGCCUUUCAUAUGAGCAUGAUGGAGUCGGAACAGACGAAGAUUGCUCGUGAGUGAUUUAGUGGACAGAUGCUUUCCUUAUUUACACAGCCAGGUAGGGCUGGGGCCUGACCUGCCGUUGACUUAAGUUUUCAUUCAAUGCUUUUAUUGUGAAAAGCUCAGCGCUCAUCAUCACAUCUUAAUUGUUUCUUUUAAUAGGCCUGACGUUGAAACGGGUCAACAUUGAGGAGGUGGAGGAGCAGUUUGUUUGUGUGUAAAAUUGAGGUUAAAUUUAGGUGUGACGGCACAAAGUAAACAAAGAGAAGCCAGACACGCAAUUCUAGUUUCACCUGUGAUGUUUUCGUGGCCCAGUGGCUUAAAAAAACACACAAACACGACAUACACACACACACGUGUGCGGUAUCAGGACUGGCUCUACCAGUUAAAGCAGUGAGGUGUACAGUAGGUGUGUCGGGGAAAUGUUGUUUUGGGGGAAUCCCUCAUGAGUAAUCCGGUUACAACCUCACGCAGGUAUCUGACACGCUCCUUGUUUCUUUUUUUGUUUUGGCAGGGCGGCGGGCUGCAGAAGUGGAAACCCCUUACACAGACACCUGAGCCCGAAAGGUAAAACCCCUCUCUGCUGUCUUCAUUCAAUCUCCCCCGCCUUCUUGUUCGGUGUCAUCCCUUUCCUUUAAAGUCUAAAAGCCCCCUCCACAUUUCAGCCAGCGUGGAUCAUGAAUUUUAAUGCGCUCCUCUGCUGCUGCCCCCACAUGAGUGGUACUUUCUCGAUGACGUCCCUGACUGUAACAGACCCUGGUACUGUACGCUCAGCUGUGACGUCCAGCUCACUGUGGAAACAGAAGAAAUCCUGUGCAGGCUGUCGAGAUAACUGUUAUGCAAGUCAGAAAAGGACGGAAGAGAAAGAGAGGAGGAGGAAUUUAAAGUUAGAAGUGAACAUCUCAGCAGUUUGUUCUUUUAUUUCGGAGAACAAAAUAAAAGAAGUAGAAAAUCUGUGUCUGCCUUAUUGCUGAAAGAUCGAUUAUCAAGGGGCCGAUAUUCAGCAUUUGGAUUAUUAUGUCAGGGUGAUAUUUUCUAACAAAUAUUCUGCCAAGAUGUUUCACCUGUUAAAAGGUUAAAAAAAGAUGUUUUCUCCAGCGUGCUUUCAGUCAUCAGGAUCAGAUUCAGUCUGUUUCACAAAACCCUUCAUAGGAGCUUUCAAGACGAGCAAACUGGUGGUGUGCUCGUCAUGUUUGUUGUCACCUUGAGAAGUUUAAAGCUGAAGAAAAUCCUCAUUUAAUAGACAUAAGAGCCUGUUAUAUCUGACGUUUUUGCCACUUAAGAUCAACUAAAUGACUUAUCGGUGAUUACGAUUGUUUGAGUCGCUGUUUUAAGAUAUCAGCUCUGAUUUUGAGCUUCUUCACCCAACAUGAUAAACAUUUUGUUGCUAUUUUGCUUUCUGGUUGUUUUAUACCAUCAGAGUGAGUAUAAAAUGGACUGUUUCCUUUGUUUUCCAGGAAGGUGGUGGUCCUGGAAAAGAAAGACGAGGAGUCCUUUGGUUUCGAGAUCCAGGUAAGAGGAUUAAAAGCGUCAUAUUAAGAGAGGGCGGGGGCUGCAGGGUGGUCUUAACCUCAUGAGUGCCAUUUAACAGGAUUCCCCUGAUCGGCCACGUCUCUUAUAGCAGAUGAUGAUGAUGCCUGACUGACUUAAGCGUGUACAUCUUAUCCCGUAAAUCUCUUAAUCCCUGCGUUUGUCAGCGGGGGUAAAAGGUCGCCCAUCAGUCAUAAAACUCCCUGAUUUUAGUCCCAUGACUCCAGAGAAGCGGGGAAUGAUAUUUUCUCUCCCAGAUUGAGUAUUUUUAGCCGUGCGGUCCGCUCACACGCCUCCCUUAUAAUACCUGCUUGACUCUCGGCGUGCAGAGUCUUCACACAUUUGACCUCAAUAUCUGUGGGAUCUCUGCGCGGGCCCUGGAGCGCUGCCUCACAAUGUUGGCUCUGUUCGGCUGCAGACUCCCAUUUUUGAAAUAGUUUUUUUUUCUGAAAUGUGGAUCGAGUUUGUUUGAGUUUCUCAAGUCUUUACGCUGAGGAAGAGACAGAUUGUUCUAUUUGUGUUCGAUGGAGGUUCUCGCCCUUCCUGUCCGCCUGCAGCCAAAGGGAAGUGAGAUCAUGAGGACCGGAGUGAGGGUCAGCAAAGAGACAAAGAAAUAGUUCCUCCUCAUUUUUUAGUGCAGUGGACCCGUUUCAGCAUGUAAAUGUAAUAUUUGCAUCUCGGCCACAUUUGCAUGCUCUGUGUUGAUCUUCCAGGCUGCAGAUCAUGUCAAAUUUCCAUAAGAGACACUUUUCCAAGUUGGAUGAUAUUUUUUUAAAGAGACACUCGACUGGAGCAGAUGGAAAGUCUGUUACUUAUUUUUAUGACACAGUCCCUGUCUGACUCUGGACCUGUUUGUCGAGGGAAAGGCCCCGGUGGAGUUUUUAGGAGAGAUCUGAAGUCUGACUGAUUCGUGUGACGGAGGGGAAGUUCAUCUUUGUCUUCUUACAGUGACCUUCAGCAGCAGGGAGACUGCGGUGACUGAAAUAAGGAAGAGCAUGCAAAUACACGUGGAAGUCACAGAGACGUUACCAAGACGACCAAACAUGCGUUACAUAACAAGCAGGUGGACAGUCACAGCGAUGAUCUGAACCUAUUCAAGGGUUUCUUUUUAGGUUAUUUUGGAGCAACAGAUUGACGUCAAAUUUCCAUCACAGACAAUUCAGUGACAAGUUUUUACUAUUUAGGUGUGUGGAUGUAGAGCAACAUCUGCACAGCUGUCUGUCUAUGUGGAAAAAAUGACGGUAUAACAGCUAAAAGUAUUUUUAUAGGUAAAUGGGUCAUCAGUCUCUUGCAUGAAAUUGAAAUGUUACAGCAAAAAACACAAAACAGAGACUCUGUAAGUUAUAAAGAAGCCUCGGCAGUCUGGGUUCGAUAUUUCAGGCGGGUAUCGUCCAGAGUUUUUUUGGUUAAACUCUCAGAGACGUUUCUCGUCACAGUGAGAGUCUGUUGUUGUUUUUUUCAGUUGAUACUCUGUCUCUAACCCUCAUUAAGAGAUCCCUGAUCUGAGUCAGACGAACCUGUAGGUUAAAAACGAAACUAAAGAGGCAACGACUGUGAAAAUCAGAUAAAGAUCUCUUUAGCUGAUGCUUGUGGCUCAUACUGAUGUUGUUUUGCAUCCCCUGCAUGAUCGUUGAGCAAGCUAUGAGGUUUGAGUAUUUAAAUAGUUGGCGGUGCAUCUUUUAAAAUGUCUCUGGAACGUGUCAAACAGCAUGUUGCUGAUCUUUCUCAUAUUAUUCCUCAGUUAUUUUACCGUAUAAUUUCUUCUCUCUGAUUUGAUAGUAAGGCGUAAAAGCUUACCAGAUUUACACCAAUAUGAUGGGGAUGAAGACAGGAAGUGAGAGGAUACAGAUCAAUAUUGACGAAUGACAUCCGUGCAUUACACAUUUUUUGCAGAUGUGCUGAUAUCUGCUAAAAAUGAAGCAUGUGAACAUCCCUAUAAAACACAGAAAGGAAACUACGUACCUGAAAAUGUUAGACUUUGGACGAUUACAUGUCAAGUCACUAAGAAAGAACCUUCAAUUCAAACAUCUGAACUUCCAAAGUCAUUUAUGAAACUUAAGGGAAUCUUUGAGCACAGACAUUAGAGAGUUUUUCCUUCGUCUUUUAUGAUAUUGAUCAGUUUCUGUUUAUUGAGACAGAAGGAAAAACCAUCUGAUUAUUUGCGUGCUCACUGCUCUCUUCUUUUGUCCCUUCACCUUGUGGGAAACAUUCCUGCAAAGAUAAAGUCAAAGAAAGAUCUGAUGAAGGUGUUUCAGUCUCUUAUGAUUCUCUUUUCUCUUUUCAGACUUACGGCCUCCACCAUCAGGACCAAAACUCAGUGGAGAUGUGCACGUUUGUCUGCAAGGUGCACGAGGACAGUCCAGCCCAGGUUGCAGGGCUUAAAGUCGGUGAGUGUGUAAUGUUUGUGUUUUUAUUUCAGCUCUGUUGAAACCUGAAAUAACUUGGAAACAUUUUAGUCGACACAAGGGGAAGUGGAGUGAGUAUGUCUGAACUUUUAGUCCGGCUCUUGUUCUUUUUUCUGUUUGCCAGCUUACAUUCAUGUGCCGAGUGUCAACAAAGGAACUGGUGCUGUUUAGGGAAGUACAAAUAUGUCCAUGUGCCCACUCAUUUUCCAGUCAACAAACAAAGUUAGUGAGUCAGUGUUUGAGCUCGUGUGUGUUUGUUGGCUCCUCUCGCCCAUGUGUCAGACAGAGGGAGGCAAAGAUGAGCCCCGAAAUGUUUUAUUUUUAUUUGGCAAACAUGACUCUCCUCCAGAGUUUGCCUUUUACAGAUCGAAAAAAGUCAACAGCAGCAGCUUUUUAUCAGCUAGGUGAAGAAAGAUUCAAGAGAUGAGAUGCAGCUCUGUGCAGCUCUCGAACUCUGCUUCUAAAAAUUCUCUGUGGUUUUCAAACUCAUGACCGCUCGGUCUCACGCAGGGCCGCUCUCAGCGCUCCGUCUCUGUCAAAAGAAACAGAAGAAGGAAGACAAAACUAGGUGUCUACCGCCGCUGCCUCCUUCCUCCAUUAAAAGCUGCAUAUGUCACUCCAGUUUCACUUCCUACAUUCCUCACAUGCUCGCUCUAUUGUUCCCCGUGUCUCUGCUGCGGACGCGCUGACUUCAUCGUUUCAAGCGGAUUUUAGGCGGCGCUUUUCGAAAGAGGGAAACAGGCUUUGUGCUGAGGCUCACAAAGGGCAGCUGUCACGCCUGAGAGUCACUUUCACGUCUAUUGACCUGAAGCAGAGCGGCGCGGCUCUCCCUUAUAAACAAGAAAAUGUGCCUCUGACAUAUUUGAGUCUGAUUCUGCCUUUAAGGUGACAGUGACGGGUCGAACUCCACAUGCACACAUGGUUUUCCACACAUUUGCUCUGCACAUGUGUGGACUGGAGGCCUAGUUUAGAUCCAGAGUUGACUACAGAUUGUUCUAAUUGAAUCCACAGUGGAUUAAAGAGCAUCCUGACCUUGUGUGUGUGUGUUUGCGUGUGUGCAGGGGACACCAUCGCAAGUGUGAACGAGGCCACGGUGGAGGGAUUCAGGCACAAGGAGAUCGUUCAGCUCAUCAGGGCCUGUGGAAACACACUCAGGUACGCACAGAGUCACAGGACACAACAAAAACAACUGAAUAAUUAAAUUAAUCCGGUUCAUCAAGUAGACUGUCUCUUUUCUAAUGGCCUGACUGUGUGAAAUAAACGAUUCUGAUUGGUCGAAACUCCUCAAAAACUCCUAAUAAUCCUCACACCUCAAAGACUCCGUCAAUUUUCACCAACAUACAGUUAGUUUUUUAACAUGCAGUGAUUCAAUAUAGAAGACUCAAGUCAGUGUUAAACCUCACACACAUACUCUCAUCCUCCUCCUGCUUGUAAAAUAUGAAAAAUUGAAGUUCAGUCAGGAGAGUUUGUCUCUUCUAACAGCCAAAAUUGGUCAAAACCAGUUAAAAAACGUAAUAAUCCUGAAUCCUAAAGGUGAAUCCUAAGCUGACGAGUAAUACCUCAAAGACUCCAUCAUUUUUCUCCUAUUUACAGUUAGUUUUUUAGUUUUUUCCAAACCUGAUUCACAUACUCUCAUCCUUCUCCUGCUUGUAAAAUAUGAAAAAUUGAAGUGAAUCCUGUUCAGUCAGGAGACUUUCUCUCUUCCAAUGGCCAAAAUUGGUCAAAACUCCUCAAAAACAGUCAAUAAUCCUGAAUCCUAAAGGUGAAAUUGACGAGUAAUACCUCAAGGACUCCAUCAGUUUUCACCAACAUACAGUUAGUUUCUUUAGUUGUUUCCAAACCUGCUACACGUACUUUCAUCCUCCUUCUUCUGCUUGUCAAAGAUUAAAAGGACAAUUACGGCGUCCCUGUUUGCUGAGGUAAACCGCAUCAGAGUGUCGGCUCAGACCCAGACUUUAUGGAUUGACAUCAUCAAAUUAUCCUUACAAGUUGACUUCGUAUAAAGCGUUAAAGUUAGAAUUAGCUCCUUUAAGUCGCCUGCUUGUGUGAUUCAAAGUGUCUGGAGUGGAAAUUGUAUAUGUUCCUCAUCCUCCCCCCCUCCUCUUUUCUUGUAAACCGUUUGACACCAGACGCCUUCCCGUCACCGCCUCAUGAAAAGACUCUUUCAUAUGGUCGGACUAGUUUUUUGAAAUCGCUCUUUUCUGCUCUUGUAGUUUUUACAAGUGCUUCCUGUUACGCUUAUUAAUCCCGUUGCCUUCUGGUUUGUCACCCGCAGGCUGGAGACGGUUUACAGCGACUCGAUCCGGAAAGCAGAGCUGGAAGCGCGGCUGCAGUAUCUGAAGGUGAGACUCUCUUUUUCUUACAGUUUUUCCUCUGACCACACACACACAUCACGUUACACUCUAGAUAAAGCCGUCGUCCCUCCCCCCCUCCCUCCACACCUGUCUCCCCCAGCAGCGCCACCACCUGUUGCAUCAGCAGUUUCCCCGCUGAUGGCUGCACACAUUCCUGACUGUGAAGUGGCUCGAGUGAGCGCGCUUUUCUCCCAAGAUUACAGCAGCUGUCCCGCUCUAAUCCCGCAGCCUCCGAGAGCCGCUCCACAACCGCUUCCUGAGAGCGACUAAUCCUACAUUUUAAAGAUUAACGUGCUGAUGCUGGACGCUUUUUUACAGGCAGGGAUGGCGGAUGUAGAUUUUAUAUAAAGGCUGUCACGAUAAUUAAAGUAACUCUUGGCACCGGCUUGUUAUCUCCGCUCGAAACCUAGAGGCCAACAUCUGACAAGCUCACAAAGAAAAUCUAAUUUUCUGUUUCACCGCUUUGUUCUCAUUAGUGACGCUCGCUCUCUUUACUUCAUCUCUAUGUAACUAAAUCACUGCAGCUCUCUCUCUCCUCCAUCUGCAGCAGCUUUAGGGUAGUAACAGUAGUUUUGACGUUUUCAACAAACUUCAUCCGGCUAAAUGAAAUGCAUGCAGCCGUUUUCAUAUCAACAUAUCAGUCAGUCAGUCGUCUAAAGGAAUACUCUCUGUUUUACUUUAAGCAUCAGCCUCAAACUCUUAUUAUUAGUCAUUACAGUCUUCCUGUGUCACGCACGCUUUCUCGAUGUCGUCAUGAUUUUACAGGAUAUUCCCCCUGAUGCAAUACGAAACAGCAUUUCUUUCACUUUUAUAUCGACUGUUUAAACUCAGAUUAUUUGUUUUGUGACUUUUUCAUUUUCCUGUAGUUUUUAUCUUGAUCUGACUGUUUUUUUUUUGGGUUGUUUUUAAUGUUUGAGGUGGGAGAACUUUAGUCAUCUUUUGCUCUGUUUGUUUAAUUUGGUUUGAGUUGGAUGGAUGAAAACAUCCCAGUCAAAUUUGCCACAUUUUAAAGUGUAUUUAAGACACUGACAGUCCUCCCUCUCACGUCUCCAGUUAGUACAAAACGCAGCCGCCCAGCUCUUACCCGGAGUACGUAAGAAGGAGCACAUUACUCCCAUCUUGGCCUCCCUCCACUGGUUACCUGUGCAUUUUAGAGUUCAUUUUAAGAUUCUUUUAUUUGUUUUUAAACCUUUAAAUCGUUCGGCUCCAUCUUACCUCUCUGAGCUUCUCCACCCCGACACCCCUGCUCGCUCGGUGCCUCAGGUCAGCUGAUCAGCUGCUCCUGGAGGUACCGAGGUCCAAACUGAAGCUCAGAGGGGAAAGAUCUUUUUCUUUUGAACGGGCUACCCCUCCAAAUCAGACAAGCCAUAAAACCCAUUUUUAUUAAUUGGCCUUCAACCCUGCAUGAGACUCGGCUCCUAUUUCAGUGUUUUAUGGUUUGUUUUUAGUUAUUUGUUUCUGUGUUUUUAAAAUAGAAAGAAAUGAAAUAAGAUGAAAUGAAAUGAAUGAAAGUUUGUUUUUAGUGCACAUUCAUCUAAUCUCUCUGUUUUUUCUCUGUAGCAAACUCUCCAUGAGAAGUGGGAUGAGUAUCGGUCUCUGAUGGUGCAGGAGCAGAGGCUCGUUCACGGUACGUUCAGAUCAUCUGUUUCCUCACAUGUUAAAGUGACCCUGUUUCAAACUGUGCAGUCACUCUGUUCUAUGAGAGUCAGAGUAAAUUUGAUCUGAGUAAAUGUUGAACCCGGUGACCCACUAAUAAAUAAACAUGUUCUCAGAGGGAUGGUUUGCACUCAGCCCAGUUUGAAUAGUUUCCUUCUUGCCUGUUUGUUUUUUUCUUUAAAGUUACAUAACGGACAGAUUAGUGGUAUUGAACUGUCCUCGCUCUUUUUUUUUUUAGGCAUAGUGAUGAGUGAUGCUGCAGUCUACGAGUCCCUGGAGUCGGCGGGCGUCUACGGCAGCCUGGGCACUCCCAGCCCCGCCGCCCAGCGAGCCCUACGCUGCACGGGCAGCACCAGCAGCAGCGCCAGCUUCCUCAGCACGGCCACCGAGGACGACCCGCUCUACCAGACCUGCCUGUACCAAACAGACGGCUGCCCGGACUCUGACAAGACCAAAGCCGACAAAAAGAAAGAGCAGAGGCCGAAUCGUCUCCGACCAGCCAGCGAGCUCUUCACGACGGCGAAGACGCAGCUGACCCGCAGCGCCAGCACUCGCAGCUACAUUAAGGGAACUUCGUCGUCCACCUCAGGGGAGAAACAGGGCGGAUUCAACUCGAUGCAGAGGAAGCCCAAACAGAAAAGCUUCCGCAGACGGCUCCUAAAGUUCAUCCCGGGAUUGAACAAACCGCUGGAGGAGGAGGAGAGCAAACUGUGAGCAGCGCUGAGCUCGAAAGACUUAAACCACCAACCAGUGACUGUAAAGACUCUAGUGCCAAAGAAAAAAGUGCAAGCAGCCCCAAAGAGUGAAGAGACCAAAGCUGACGGAGCCCUCAAAGCUGUACAUAACUCUCGUUCCCAAUUGUUUUGCUCUUUAAAUUAUUUAUUUAUUGUACAAAAUGAAGGAUUUUCUGUUUCCCUGCAUGCACCAGUGUUUGUUUUGUAAGAGACCAGUUUGAUAAAUGACUGAGAUUGAUCCUGUUUUUAUUUUCACUGUCUCAGUCGCAGUUCUUUAAAAUAAAAUACGUGUCAUUUUAAGAUCA